CCACCUGUCACCAGCACUCACCCCGACCGGUCCUCCAGCAUUUGGUCCAACACAGUCCUGCUAACCCUGAGUUCAAGAAAACACACACAAGCUUAGCCUAGUUCACACCAAGAAGCCACAGAGAAUCUCUACACAAGCUAACACUGGGAUUGUAUUUAAGUUACAUUUUUGAAGUGAUAUUGAAGUGAGGAGGGAUUUUGAUUGGUUAGUUUUAUCUUAAUUUUGUGGGACAGUUUUGAGGAGAAUCUCGUGUACUUCCUGUGUCAAGAUUUUAGAGACUCUACAUCUGAUCUUCAUCCCAUCAUGGACGGGGAGGAUGACAAGCACUCAGUGGACAUCCAUGACAACCCUCCACAGCCCGAUAACUUUGUGAAGGAGGACGGAGGGGAGACAGUGUACUUCAUCUAUGAGGAGGAGGUGGAGGUGGAGGAGAAGGAGCCCGAGCCUCCUUCUGAGCCCGUGGUCAUGGUCAAUGAUAAACCACACAAGUUCAAGGACCAUUACUGCAAGAAGCCCAAGUUCUGUGACGUGUGUGCGCGGAUGAUCGUCUUGAAUAACAAGUUUGCUCUGAGGUGUAAAAACUGUAAAACCAACAUCCACCAUGCGUGUCAGUCCUAUGUGGAGUUUCAGAAGUGUUUUGGAAAAAUUCCUCCAGGAUUCCGACGGGCGUACAGCUCUCCUCUGUACAGCAGCGACAUCCCCGACCCCAACAAUGUGAACAGGAACGACCCCGUAUUCGACACACUGAGAGUGGGGGUCAUCAUGGCCAACAAGGAGCGCAAGAAAGGAGAGAACGACAAGAAGAAUAUUAUGAUGAUGGAAGAGGAGGAGGAGGAGAACCAGCAGCCCAAAGAGAAUGAAGAAGGAGGGGAAGGAAAGCCCGACGACAAGAAAGACAAAGGAGGAGACAAGGCCGAUGAUAAGGCUAAGGCCUUCUCUCAGUCACAUUACUACCUGGCUCUGUACCGCUUUAAGGCCAUCGAGAAGGAUGACCUCGACUUCCACCCUGGAGACCGGAUCACAGUGCUGGACGACUCCAAUGAGGAGUGGUGGAGGGGUAAAAUGGGGGAUAAGACCGGAUACUUCCCCACAAACUACCUGAUCAAAGUCAAAGCCUCAGAGAGAGUGUAUAAAGUCACACGUUCCUUCGUGGGCAACAGAGAGAUGGGCCAGAUCACACUCAAGAAGGACCAGAUUGUGGUGAAGAAAGGUGACGAGAAGGGCGGCUACCUAAAGGUCAGCACUGGACGAAAGCUUGGAUACUUCCCAGCCGAUCUGCUCCAAGAGAUCACUGUCACAUAAAAACAUACAAUAGUGUUUUAUUUACACAAGUUAUUAUUGGGUUCAGGCAUAACAACCUCCUACAUCAGUAUUUAGUGGAGAUGGAUCCAGGUACAAUCCAUGAGAUAUAAUAGAGUCUAGAGAGACAGUCACCAUGGUAACCAGCAUCCAUCCCUGAGGUAAAGCAUAAGUGACCAAUGAGCUCCUUCGUUUCAUAUGUGUCACUGAAAAAAACUAAUCUGAUCACGUUUGACCGGGUUUGAGAUGUAAGGGAGGACGUGAGGACCAGACUGAUAUCAAUCUGUAUAAAAAUACUAAUGCCUAUGUUCUACCAUACUAAUGUAAAACAAAACAAAACAAAAAAUCUUGAAAAAUUUGUAAUUAGAAUUUUGCUGCUUUUACAGUCACACGAUGACUCUCGCAAUAGUUGCCACAAUAACACAAUAUAUGAUCUCUCUAACCUUUAUUAAAUGAUCAGAUUUAUCAUUCUUAAUAAAAUGCAGUAUAAAUGAUAGAGGGUCACUGGAGUCCACCUGAGAGAGGGAUGUCAAAAUUAUAGAAUCUGAAAACAUCCAAAUAUGGGUGGUGUGCAAUAAGAUAUACUAGAAUAACUAAUGUUAGAGCACUAUUUUAUAUAAGACAUGCAAAUAAUGGUGAAAGCUUAUUUAUAGACAAGUUAUCAACAUAUAUAUUUUUAAAAAUAGCUCACAAAUGACCUGUUUGCACUAUGGAUGGUAUUCUCUUCAUAAUCUAAAUAAUAAACCUGAAGUGCACUUAUAUCACUUGUUUUUAUUAUGAAAGCACCUUUGCCUGAUCAACACAUUCACUACACAGAUAAUCAGGUAAUGUGCCACUGGCCAGUACAAUAUUACACAGAUAUCAGCUUCAUUUUACAUCAUGAAAUGUAUAUUUACAGCCUGACAUAUGGUGAUUAACAGUGCUGGAAAGUAAAUGAAUAUAUGUACCGAAAAUACACAUUCUGAAUACUAAUUUGAACUAAAUGUAUUCUGGUACAGUUACUCUUUCAUUUGGUGGUAUUCAGAAUACAGUUACUUUUCUAAAUGAAAAGGAAUACAUGACUGUACUUCAUUAUGCAAUUUUUGGCUUUGAAUUGCACAGUAUUAGCGAGGGGGGAAAAAAAACAAAACACAAAGCUUUUUCAGUGUGUGCAUGUCUCAUUUUUCAUCUUAUAAUUAGACAUGAAUUAUUGUAUAAUGUAAUGUAUAAAAAUCAAGCUGUUUGGAAUUAUAUUUAUGUUUUUUUGUUUUUUCCCACUAUAAUAUAAUGCAACUCAGAGUAUUCAGAGUACAGUACUCUGACAUGUAAUGAAUACCUUACAAAAUACAUUUUAAUAUGGGCAUUUGUAACUAAAUACAUUUUCAAAGUAUUCUUUCCAUCACUGGUGAAUAAAAUAUUAGAC